AUGGGAAAUCAAGUCCAAUUCUAUCCUGGCCGCGCGGAGACGUGGGAUCGAGAAUUCGAAGCACCUUCUGGGAAUCUCAGUUUUUUGUUGUCCCAGGCCGCCGCCCGAUACCAUGAUCAUGAAGUGAUUCUUUCACUCCAUCAGCCGAAAAUCCCCAGUUAUUUCAAUGAAGCAAAAUCCGAAGGGCCAUGCAACUUAAGAUUGACAUAUCAACAACUGCACCUUGCUAGCUUGAGAUUUGCAAGAGCUCUCUCGUCUCGAGGUGUGACCCGAAACAGUUCCGUUGUUACUUUUCUUUUCAACCAAUUCGAAUGGUGCCUGGCAUUCUGGGCAUCAAUGCACCUAGGGUGUCGUUUUGUGCCUUUAGACCCACGCACUAUUUCCCAACCGGAAGAGGCACUGUACCUUCUAAAGCAGGCAAAUGCAGGGGCGGUACUAGUCGCCACGGAUGCCUUGGCUGCGCAAGUCGAGGAAAUUCUACCCAAGGGACACGAGCAGGACAUCUUUCGAUGCUUGCUCUCUGAUGAAUCCACUGAGCAGCUACCCGAUGGCUGGGCCUUGGUAUCAGAUGUUAUGUCAAGCUCUCCGGAUGAUAUUGAUCUCUCUCCGGGCUUCAAUGCCAGUCCCCAAGAUUCUGCCGUCCUUCUUUUCAGUAGCGGCACGACAUCGCGGCCCAAAGCGUGCCCCCAGACAUCUCUCAAUCUCAGUGCGCCUGCAGUGCAGCUGGGGCAAACCUUUCACAUUGCUCCAGGACAUACUAUAUGUCAACAUCUACCCAGCUUUCACAUUUUCGGCAUUGCAUUUAGCUUGGCAGGCUGGCUAGCGGGUGCCACUGUUGUAUUCCCUAGUCCCAGUUUCGACGCCGCAUCGAGUAUCCAAGCCAUUUUGCAGGGCACGAAUGUCCAUGCACCAUGCGUUCCCAUGAUGGUCCAAGCAAUUGCCGAACAUCCGUCCUCCCCGACGACAGGCUUCUCUACGCUGUCUUCAAUCACGUUGGGCGGUGCACCGUCAUUUCCUAGGAUUAUUGAAACAUGCAAAGCGUUGACGCCGAAGAGAUUAUGUGUCGGCUACGGCCUGACCGAGGGCGUAGUCACUUUGAUGAAUGUAAAAGACAUCAAUGCUUGGCAACAUACUGGGGAUAUUUCCUCUGGUCGAGUGUGUUCCGGAUCCAGGAUCAAAAUUUGUGAGCCUGGAAAACGCGUGGCUAUCGGGUAUGGCCAGCUUGGGGAGCUCCAUCAAGGCGGCGUCCCUGUUUUCAACGGCUAUCUCGGGAUGGACAGUGAUGCAUGCUACCAGGAAGAUGGUGUCAACUGGGUAGCGACUGGUGACCAAGCCUACAUGGAUGAGGGAGGAUAUGUCUACAUCCCUGGGCGGUAUAAAGACAUCAUUAUUCGAGGUGGAGAAAAUAUCUCGCCUGCGAAGAUUGAGAAUUGUCUGCGUAAGGCCAAGGGUGUCAAUUUUAAUCAGGCCUACGUUAUUGGAAUCCCGGAUGAUCUUGCUGGGGAAGUUCCUAUUGCCGUUGUUCAGCAGGCGGGACCCUCAGUUCUAUCUGGAAACGAGCUCAAAGCAAUGGCGCUUUCCGAGUUGACCCCUGGAUUCGCCCCCGCCAGGGUGCUCGAUGUGCAAAGAGAUCUCGGCCGGGAUACUUUUCCAACCACCACAACUGGAAAGGUGCAAAAAUUGGUUCUUCGACGCUGGGUGAUGGAAUAUCUCGAUUCUCUCGCGAGCUUACCUGUGAUCGACGAUUCUUGCCAGUCAUUAGAAUCACAGUUGACGUCUAUCUGGGUUCAUUUCUCUGGCCAGAAGCUUUCCGAGGUAGAUUUCGAUGAAUCAUUCCACAAGAUUGCGGAUAGCAUGACUCUCAUUCAGCUUACCGGUCAAAUUCGGAAAACCCUACACAGAAGUGUCAGCAUGACGGACUUGGUGGAAAAUAAUACCCUCAGAAAGCUAAUGGGCUAUCUUGCACGCAAACCUCUUCUCGCCAAUAACCCAGCACCGCCCAGAUCUCUUCCUUGGGAUAGUUCUAUGGCUUCGAACAUGAUGCAUAUAAAAGGACAUACUGAGCACAUGCAAGUCACAAGGAAUCAAGCAGUUGGACAUCUGACGCCAUUAGGAUUUGGGUGGGAUGAUAUGGAAGACCUACUCCCAUUGUCUGACUGCAUGAAGCUGAUGACCAGAGGUGGGAGAUCACAAUCUUGGAACCACCGCCACUCUUUGGUGGUCCGAUCUGUGUCGACAGCAGAGGUGGAAGCCACCAUCAAGUUGUGGAUUAAGCGGAAUCCCAUGCUUCGAGCAACGCACAUGGCCUGCGGUAAUGAUUCACAGCUAUACGUCAUCAUGCGUCCUAAUGAUAGGUGGCUAGAUACCCAGAUCACUACUGGCAGUAGCUUGGCAAGCAUUGAUGAUAUUCCAACUUAUCGAUUGAACGACUCGACCUAUGAUCAUGUGCAGCUCUCUGGUCCUUUGCUCAAAUGCACCGUUCUACCAAUUGACAAUUGCAAAGCCACAGGUGUGGUCUUGCAUAUGCAUCAUGUCAUGUUUGAUGGCAUGGUGAUGCAUAGAUGGUAUCAAGAUCUGAACCAAUUACUGCAAGGCAAAAUGCCGCCAUCCCUCUGCGCUUUUCGUGAAUUUGCAUCGUUCUACCAAGCAUAUCGUGAAAGUCGAGAAGCCCAAGAGGCCGUGGAUUACCAUGUUAAUCAGCUCCGUGGACUGGGUGCCAUUCAGAAAGACUUUUGGCCUCAGCAACGGGCACCACGCUGGUUCAAAGGAGACGACCAUGGCUGGUGCCAUGAAGAUGGUUCACAAUCCCAUCCCGGAGAGCGAGUACUAUUAGAUGGCGAUCGCAGCUGUGGAACUAUGGGCUUCUUUUACAAAAUUCACUUGCCAUUCAUUCGUGCCUUGAAGUCAAAAUGGGAGCUGUCGCCACCCAUUGUCGCCAAGUCCGCAUGUGCACUUCUCAACAUCUACAAAACUGGAGCAGAUGAGGCAGUGUUUGUGAGUGAUGAGUCUGGACGGGCAUGGCCUUCUAUGGAAGAGAAUUCGACUUCUGUUCCGCCAACUGUGAGCCCGCUAGAUAUUGGAGGACCGACUUUUCAAAAGACGAUUAAUCGUAUUCGUGUGGAACCCAACGAGACAACUUUGCAGUUCCUACAACGAAUGCAAAAGAAGCAGCAAGAUAUCGACCGCUACUGCCAUGCCCCUCUGGAUGCAAUAAUUAGUUCACUGGAGCAAGAUUCAGUACAUGGGCUUGCAGAUGCGGCUGCAGUCCGAGAUAUUCUUCAGCGUCAGCUUUUCGAUUGGCUGCCUUCACCUCCGUCAUCUGAGAACGUCGAUGGCGAGCCCGCAGCUCCAGUAGAGAUGCUGGAGGUCUUGAGCCGGUCUGAUCUUGGGCUUGUCUGGUUUCCAUCUCUUUUGCCUGGUGAUUAUCUUUUGUUAGAGGUUUCUUGGGAUGACGCACAGCUAAGGGGGCAUGAGAUAUAUCAGGCUAUUCAAGAAUUCUUGUGCGCCUUGGUAUGGAUCUCAAACCCAGAAAAUUUCGAUAAGCCUGUAACUCAAUGUGAGUUCCAGGGCCAGAAAGCACUGGCAGCUUCGGAAUGCAACUUUCAUCGCUAA